AAGAGAUUAAAUUAACCCAAUCUCAUGGAAAACAUUUAACAAUAAAUAUGUUAAUCGAAUCUUAAAGCCUCAUACCAAACACCCAUUGAUAGUGUUAGCUAGCUUGCUAUGAAAAUGACUUAAAGAGUAAUGAUUUACAACCUAACAAAUAUGAAACAGUUGACUUGGAAAAUGUAUUAUUGGAAGCUACUCGGCUUAAUAAACAGUAAAUAAUUAUUAAUUUGUGAUAUAAGUCUCAAUAACUGCUUUAGUAGCUCAUCAAAAAUGGAGGACUCAACAAGAAGUUUGGAAUCGCGAGAGAAAGAAGGCACCCAAUUUAGGAUUAAUUUACACAAUAAUCAUGGCAAAGGGGGCUUCCUUAGCUCCUUCUUAAUCCUAGGAACAAGUUUGGGACUAAAUAUAGCAUCAGGAGCAUGGUACUCAAACUUAAUAGUGUUCCUUAUCAGUGUAUUCAAUGUCAAGAACAUCCCAGCAACUCAGAUCAACAACAUUUUUAGUGGUUUCAUAAAUUUCUUCCCAAUAAUCGCGGCCAUCCUUGCUGAUUCUUCGUUUGGUGCCUUCGCGGUUACUUUAGUUUCCUCCCUCAUUUCUCUACUCGGGGUUUUGAUGUUCACAUUGAUGGUUACCAUUAGAAGCUUGAGACCACCUAAAUGUGAUUCAAACUCAUCCAUGUCAUGUAUACCUCCAACAACCUUGCAAUACUCGAUUCUCUAUAUUUCUCUAACACUAGCAUCACUCGGUCUUGGAGGUACGCGUUUUAUACUUGGAACUAUGGGAGCAGAUCAAUUCGAUAAGCCUAAACAACAAGCAAGUUUCUUCAAUUGGUUUGUGUUCAUCUUAUAUAUUGGUUGGAUAAUAGGUUACACCCUUUUGAUAUAUAUCCAAACUAGUGUAAGUUGGGCACUUUCCUUUGCCAUUGCUCUUGCUGCAAAUACCAUAGCUGUUGUUCUCUUCUUACUUGGAUCACGAAUUUAUCGAAAAUUUCCUCCUCAAGGAAGCCCUUUUACUAGCAUUGCAAGAGUUUUUGUUGCAUCCCUUAAGAAUGUGAAAAGGGUUAUGCCUGAAAAUAGACAAGAUUGUUAUCUCUAUGAAAGUGAGGACUCAAAACUAACCUAUGGAGAGCCAAGUACAAGUCUUAGAUUCUUAAACAAAGCAGCAUUAAUCAAAGAAGGUGCAAACUCCAAAACAAAAUCAUGGAGCCAAUGCACAGUAGAAGAAGUAGAAGACUUAAAGAAGCUAUUGAAAUUGAUGCCAUUAUGGUCAAGUAGCAUCUUACUAAGUGGUGUGAUUGGAGUUAUAAUUAGCUUCACAGUGUUAAUGGCAUUAGUCAUGGAUCGAUACGUUGGAUCUCAUUUCAAAAUCCCAGCCGGAACAUUUGUAGUAGUCACACUAAUAUCCACAGCUAUCACUUCCUCUAUUCUCGAUCGAUUCAUAUACCCGACAUACAAGAAACUAACUGGUCGGAAUUUGACAUACUUGCAAUGCAUUGGACUCGGCCAUGUUAGCAACAUCCUUGCAGCAGUCGCCUUCGCUCUAAUCGAAAGAAAACGACUAAAUUUAGUCGAAUUACAUGGUUUAACAAAACAAUCAAAUGGUGAGGAAGUGGCACCAUUUUCUGCAUUAUGGCUAGUAAUUCCAUUAGUAGUAAUGGGUAUUGGAGAAGGGUUUUAUUUUGCACCAGAAGUAGCCUUAUAUUAUCAAGAGUAUCCCAAAUCAUUAAGGAGUACAUCAACUGCUAUGAUAUCAUUGCAUAUUGCUGCUGGUUAUUACAUGAGUUCAGCAUUUAUUAAAAUUGUUGGUGAAACAAGCUCUUGGUUACCAAAUGAUAUUAAUCUUGGAAGAGUGGAUAAAGCUUGUUGGGUGCUUGGAAUUGUUGCUACUCUAAACUUUGCUUAUUUUCUUGUAUGGGCCAUGGUUUAUAAGUAUAAUGAUCAUGAACUAGACUUGGGUGAUGAUAGUUUUGCUUCUAAUUGAGUAUGAACAACUUUUUAUGCUUGUAUAAUUGUAUUGAUCUCCUAUAUUUAUAUGAGAAAUAAGGUGGAUAUGUUCAAAUUUAUUCGUGAAUUAAUAGAAUGCUUGGUUUCCUAUUUGGCUUU